AUGAGCAGAAAAGCUUUCCAGAAAUUGAAUGGAAAGAUUAGAGUUAUACAUGUUCCAUAUAUAGGGGGAGGCAUACCCAUACCUGCAGAAAAGAGGUUGAUGAUGCUGUUAUGGUGGUUGGGCAAAGGCGAGACACUUUUAUCAGUUUCUGAUAAAUUUAACGUUGCUUUGUCAGCCGUUCACAAAAGUAACACUCUUUUGUUGGAUGAAAUUAUUGGUUUACAACAUAACUACAUUACCUGGCCAAAUCAUAAUGAAAUAGAGACUCUUACAAAUAAGUUUUAUCGAAGAGGUAAUAUACCAGGAGUGGUCGGGGCAAUAGAUGUAGCUAACAUAAACUUUAAAGCGCCGACGGAGCAGCAAGAGAGCUAUAUUGAUAGAAAAAUGCAGCACAGUAUUAAGUUGCAGGGUAUAUGCACCUCUGACAAAAUUUUUACUAAUAUAGUGGUGGGCUGGCCAGGUUCUGUUCAUGAUAGUAGGGUUUUCCAAAAUUGUGAAAUCUUUAGGAAAGUAUCCAAUAACAUAGAGAGGAACAAAUAUUUUCCUACAUUGGAGCAUCAUCUGGUGGGGGACUCAGCAUAUCCGUUGCUUGAUUAUAUGAUGACUCCAUAUAGAGAUAAUAGAAAUCUUACGGUAGAGCAAAGAAGAUUUAAUUACUUACACAGCAAAACACGUAUUGUUAUAGAACAUACGUUUGGAAUUCUAAAAUCUCGAUGGAGAAUAUUAAAAUAUAUAAAUGUUAACACAGUAGAGAAAGCAGUAAAAAUCAUUGUUGCUUGCUGUGUUCUUCAUAAUUUCUGUCUUGUCUCUGGGGAUGCCUGGGAGGAAUACAAUGAAGUUGAAGAUAAUAACAUUAAUGUAUUUCAUAAUGUACAAAACGUUGUAAACAAUUUUGCUGUAGAUAAAAGAAAUCGAAUUGCACAGAUGUUGUAAAGAAACUCUUUUAUCUACAGCAAAAUUGGUAUUGCUUUUACCUUUUAUUGUAACUUUUAAAAUUAUAGAAAAAUUUAAAAUAUUA